GUCAAAUAAAAACAACAUUUCAAAUAUUCUUCUGAAAUGGAAAUGGUCGAAACGUGAACAAAACCCUAACCCUAGGAAAGCUAUAUAUACCUCCCUCUUAAUAUUUGGGUACUGCAUGUAUUGUAACUAGACAGCAUCGAUUUAUUUCAUUCUCGUUCAAAGUUCUUGAAAUCUCAAUCCUCUCGAAUCUCGAUCGCUCACAACUUGUUGCAGGUUACAUACAAAAUCCAACAUCUUUUUUUCACUUAGCAUUGAGCAGGUCCGAUGGAAACCGUAGUGUCAUCAUUACAACCUCCGCGCUACGGAAAGCUAAUAACCAUUCUUAGCAUCGAUGGUGGUGGAAUACGGGGGAUUAUACCGGGAGUAAUCCUUGCAUUCCUUGAGUCUGAACUACAGAAACUGGAUGGUGAAGAUGCCAGACUUGCAGAUUAUUUCGACAUCAUUGCCGGCACGAGCACAGGUGGCCUUAUCGCCGGCAUGCUUACUGCCCCAAACAACAAGAACCGUCCACUUAUCGCCGCUAAAGACAUCACGUCUUUCUAUAUCGAUCAUGGUCCCAAGAUCUUCCCACGACACAGUCCUCCUCUUGGUAGUGCAACCAAGAUCGUUAGAACCAUGUUUGGACCGAAAUACAACGGGAAGUACUUACACAAACUUCUCAAGCAAAGGUUAGGAGAGUCUCGACUGCGUCAUGCACUGACUAAUGUCGUGAUCCCAACUUUCGAUAUCAAGCAGCUCCAGCCCACCAUCUUCUCCAGCUACGAGCUGAAGAAGAAUGCUUCAUUGGAUGCUCUCUUAUCGGAUAUAUGCAUCGGAACAUCAGCUGCUCCAACUUAUCUCCCAGCUCAUUAUUUCACCACGAAAAGCUCGAUCGGACCAGAGAGGGAGUUCAAUCUUAUCGAUGGUGGUGUUGCUGCUAAUAAUCCGACGAUAGUGGCCAUAAGUGAGGUGACCAAGGAGAUCACCCGUGGAAACUCAGAGUUUGGUGACAAGAUGCAGCCCUUGGAUUAUGCCCAAUUCUUGGUGCUUUCCUUGGGCACGGGCUCGUCCAAGGCUGAAAAGAAGUACAGUGCUGAGAAGGCGGCCAAAUGGGGAGUCCUAGGAUGGCUGACGACCGGCGGCAGCACUCCUCUUGUGGAUGUCUUCACUCAGGCCAGUGCCGAUAUGGUCGAUAUCCAUGUCUCCACGGUCUUCCAGGCUCUUCAUUCCAAUAAUUACCUCCGCAUUCAGGAUGAUACGUUAAGUGGGAACGUAGCUUCUGUGGACAUGAGCACGAAGGAAAACAUGAAGAAUCUGGUCAAAGUUGGUGAGGGGCUCAUUAAGAAACCGGUCUCAAGGGUCAACUUGGAGAGUGGUGCCUUUGAGCCUCUUAAUCAAGGAACCAAUGAAGAGGCUCUCAAAAGGUUGGCAAAAAUCCUUUCCGAGGAGAAGAAGCUUCGGGAAGCAAAAUCCCAGCCUUAAGGGGGGUCCAAAUCACACAUGAAUCACACACCAUAGAGAUCAAAUUGUAAUGAAGAGUAACAAUCAUUUCAUUAAUCUGUUGGUAAAGAUGUAAUAAGUGCAAAGGUGUAUCACAUUACAUGAGAUACUCAACCUGUCGUUAUUUUUUUUUGGUUCAAU